UUUUGUUGUUGUUGAUUUUUUGAAUCAUAUUAUUUUAAUUUAUGCUGAAAAGUUUUUUACAUGUUAACAUGUAUUAACAAGAGUAAGUAAUAAGGAAAUGAAAAUGAAUAAUAAUAGUAAUAUUAGGUAGAACGCAAAAUAUUAAGUAGGUACAAAAGUUAAUAAAAAAAUCAUGUACCCAUGAUUUAUCCUUUUCUGUAUCUGUAUCCGAAAAACGUUGAGAUUAUAAAGUAAAAACAGUAAAAGUCUCGUAGUAAAAGAUCGCAAAUUCUACUAGAAGUUUCCAACACACUUAAAAAAUAAAACAAAAAAUGAGUCUAACUGAUGUCGAAAACGAGCUGUUGGUAGACUGGUUAGGCGAAAUGUUAAAAAACGAAGGAAGGUACGUCGAGCCAAUUUUAGAAACAAAAUCUAUAAUGUUAGUAAGAGAAACAUGCAACAUUAUUAAACAAGAUCUCCACGUAUUUGCCUAUUCAGUGGACAUUCUAGAACUUUAUUUGAAAGAAAAGAAAUCAAGAUACGAAGACGUGGACGAUCAUUGUCUUACACUAAUCGCGACAGUCUUCCUCUGUACGAAAUUUAUUGGAAAUCAAGACACAACGAUGCAUAUAUUCCUAAGAAUGUUAAAAAAGUUUACCGGACAAAAAUACAGCAGAGAGGUCGUUAUUUCAAAAGAAAUUGACAUCUUCGAAACAUUAGGCAAAAAGUUACCUAUCAACAACAGCGUGGAUGAUCUUAAAACAUUCGUCAUGAAGUUCGAAAAGGAAAGUCGAAUUAGGGGAUCUAUUUUGAAUAUAUCCUGCGAAAUUCUAGAAAUCUUGUACUUAACACGGCAAACAUGGUUUUUCUCUUUGAAAAAUGUGUACAGCUUUAACCAAGAAGCACUGGAAGUAUUUAAAAUGCUGAUGCAAAACAGAUUUUUCCUCCCGAUUGGAAUAAUGAUUUAUGCUCUCAAGAACACGUCGUACAAUAAUAUCCUCGAUGUUGAUAAUAUAUUGAAGGACCUAUCUCGGGGAUCAAGUAUUCACGAGGAUCAUUUAAACACGUUGAUUUCUCAAAUUGAUAGCGUUGUUAAAAACUCAUAUACCUAAUUCAACAAUAUAUGUGUAUAUGUUACAGUUCCAGUCUCAAGUUAAUUCUCAGUUAGAGUUGACUAUUCCUAGUUCGAAUCAAUUCAAACUAAAAGGAGCAGUAAGAGUUUAUUUUAACUUUUACUAGUUGAAGUAGACUCUUCCUAGCUCUUGUUAGUGAAAGUAGAUCGCGAGAAAAAGAGAAUCAACUCUUACUAGUUUGAGUUGACUAUUCCUGGAUCGAUUAAAUAAAUGUAGAAUCUCACGUGUUUUUUGGUGAGUACGCAUCUCUUUGUUUUGACUGUUUUAACUACUUAUGACGAUUUGAACAUAUCCAAUAACAUUUUAUUUCUAGAAUCGGUCGUUUUUGUUUAUGUUGUGAAAGAAUAAACUCUUACUGAAUGGCAUUGGGAAGAGUAUAUUUUUUCUAGUUGGAGUCUACUUUUACUAGGAAAUGUUGAAUAAAAAUCUUCAUUUUAUAUUUAAAAUCAACUUUU